ACUUCCGGAAAAGAUCGUCUGCUGACGAACUCGUACGCGAGGGAAGUGCAAGUCUACUUGAAAUGAAGCUGUAAACUGCAGCAGCUGGGAGGGACCGGCAAAACCAGGAAAACUGAGAAUGAAGAAAAGCAUGUUUGCGAACCAUGUUUCUAGAAGGGAUCUCUUCUUGUAUGGUGGACACAAAGGGCAGAAGAAUGAAAAAUCCAGCUUUCAACAGAUUUCGAGUCAAUCACAAGGAGAAGUUUCACAGUGCCUUGAUGGUUUCAAUUUAAGCGGUGGAUCCUCAGAGUUUUCUCAAGGGAGGAAAAUGUUUGACAGUUAUAACACCCCACAAAACAGCAAAGACCUAAGAUCUCUGGUGAAGCCUCCCUGUAGCUUACAAAUCACAGGAAGAUCAAAGUUCGCGCACCAGCUCCAGGAUAACAGGCACAAAUCAAAAGAAAAUGAAGAAAGGGAACUGAUUCAGACAUUAUCGCAGUCAGUAAAAGAUUGUUCAGAAGAGGUUCAAAAUGCCAUGAAAGUCAUACCAGAAAUAUUAGGAGGGCAGAUGCAAGUGCUUGGAGACUCCAUGACAAAAAUUAUCAAUGACAGUCUUCGAGAGCAGUUGGAAAAUACUCUGUUGACUCUAGGAGACCACAAGGGUGCUAAACAGCAAAUAGGCGAAAUGAAAAGAAUUAUAGAAGAGAAAGAAGCCAGGAUAGCUGAUCUACAGAAACAGUUAGAGCAUCAUCAGAAGGCAGGUUGUCAGCAGUCGAAGGAUAAAAUCACUGAAACCAUCCACAAAACCAAAGAGCAUGUGGAUAAGCAGCUCCAAAAGCUGUUGGACAGUAGCCAGGCUAUGGCAGAAAACCAACAGAGAAUUCUCGAAGGUCAAGAAAGCCACGUAACUGUUGGCAACCAGUAUCACAGUGAACUGCAGAAGAAACUAGAAAAUAUUUCAACAAACGUCAUCAAAAAUAUCAGUUUUGCAGAGGAAGUGAAAAGCAUAAGAAGAGACUUGGAAAUCCAGAAAAUGGAGGCUAUAGAAUUCUUCCAUGGUUUUUUGACAAAGCACAGUGAUAAGCAGACAAGAGAUAUAACCAGACAGAUUGAGAGCGAAAUUAGCAGAUCAACCAACACAAUCUGUAAUGCUUCUAAUAGUGUGGCCAAUAUUCAAAGAGAUUUCCUUCAAGAUACACUACAACUGCAACAGGAAGAGAUGAAGGAAUACAUCAUAACUCGGCUAGAGUCACGAAGAGACAGAUCCAAUCAGGAAUCUCAAGACUUUGCCCUCAAAAAGCACAAUUAUACACAGCCUUACAAUGAUAGCAAAAACAGAUUUCAAACCUCCAUUGAAAAGGAAAGAGUCCCAUUAAAUUAUGAUCUGUAUCAUCGGGAAAACUCAAAAGAAAACUGCAAAAAACUAGAAGAGACUUGUAAUAGUUUCAAGCCAAGACAAAAUCCAAAACCUAGUCAAUAUGAUUUCUUGUCUCCAGGAGCCUAUGGUCACCAGGGCCAUUCCAAAACAUUUUUCCAGAAACCCAACCCUUCUCCUGUGGCUGCAAUUUUACCACAGCCCCAAGGGAGAGUGCAGCCUAGAAUCAUGAAGAAUGUCCAAGAACAUUGUCAGUCAGGGAGUGAAGUGCAAGUGGCAAAAGUAAAUUCUGAUUAUGACAGAAGAAAUGACAAUUCCAGGAACAUCCCCUCUAGGAGAUCUCAGAGGAUUGCAGGAUUGACACAGGAAUCUCGAAACAAUUCUCAGAAUGACGCCUCUCAGGACUGGUACAAAAAUCAACAAUCGUCUUGUUCUUCUAACAACUCUCAGUGUGAAAUCGCUCCAUCAUACGCCAAAAAAUCCAAGUAUGAUAGACAAGACAACAAAAAUAAGCCAGACUUGUCACAGACAUGUGUGCCAUCUCGAAGUCAAUUUCAAGUACACCCGGUCCAGAAAUAUGGAACUGUAAGGCCAAAUGUCAAAACUCCAUCAAAGAAGUUUUGUAAAGAAAGUGAUGUUUUCCAAUUUUCAGAUGAAAAUUCAACCUCAAUCCUGAAGACUGGAGAAAGAAAAUCCUUUGCAAAUGUGAACAAAGGAGAAAAUCAAGUAGAGAAUGAUGUUGAUUUGUCAGAAGAGAGCGGAGACUCCUCCCCCUCCCUGUCCAUCACUAAAAUCAUGAUUAAGAGAAAGUCCCGCAAAGAUUCACCAGCCUCAUCUGUGUUCAGCAACUUUAGAACUUACUCCCAUCCUAAGUCGAAACGUCAGUACAAUUCUACUCCGGGAUACCAGCACUCUGAAGGUGAAUGGAAAGUCAAUCGAGGGGAUGUUCUCUUCAAGAGACAGGAGAGCUACAAGAGGAAACUAAUGCAGGUAGACGACGAUCUGCUGGCUUUGUCCCACACAAUUCAAGACCAGCUCAAGAGGAGAUGUUGAGAUUACUUGGCAUCUUUUCAGUAUUGGAUUUAAAAGUUUGCAACACCAGAAAAGAAGGAAGUGUGUGUUGUGAAAAAAAGUGACUACAUGUAUUAUUAAACAGUAGUGAGAGCUGAUGGGGUGGAUUAAAAGUUUCACGUUUCACACAAAUUUUAAACGGCUAUAAUUAUUUUUCUAAGCAUCUAGACUCGUGCCACUGAAACAAAUGACAUGUACUUUGGAUUUCGAAAAUUUUGAAACAAGAUAUGUUGCAAUUUAUAAUUUUUUGAUUGUUAUAUCCAGGGUUUAUAUGGAUUUGAUUCAAACUAUUUCUUCUCCAAUAUUGUUGAGUUUUAAAACAAUGGUAGAACCAUUAUCAUCCAAGCUGAUGUCUGUGAUAUGUUUAUGACAUGUUGAUAAUAUGUCUAGAAUAUAAUGUUGACUAAAUUUGUUACAGUAUAUACUAGUGUGUCAAGCACAUGUUAUUUUUGUUACAUUGCCGUUUCAUUGUUUUGUUGACAUUCAAAUAAAUUUUGCCUUAAAAUAUUUCCA